GCCCCCACCGUUUUGAUUUUGCAAUUUUCACUGUUCCGUUUUUGGCUAAGUUGCCGAUCGCCGAUCAUCCUGACCGUUUCGUCGAUUUCCCGACCAUCGCUGCUCCGCCAUUUCCUCCAUCAAGCCUCAGUUUCGCUUCUCAAGCGCAGUUUUCCCGUUCUGUUUCAGCUGAUUCCUUUUCCUUAUCGUCUCAGUUGCCGAUCAUCUUCGCCGUUUUAUCCAUUUUCUGAUCACCUCUGCUCCGCCAUUUCCUACAUCAAGCCUCAGUUUCGCUCCUCAAGCGCAGUUUUUCCGUUCUGUUUCAGCCAAUUCCUUUUCCGUUUCGUCCCUGUUACCGAUCAUCUUCGCCGUUUUAUCGAUUUUCCGAUCACCUCUGCCCCACCAUUUCCUCCAUUCAGCCUUAGCUUUGUGCGUUGUGGCUCUUGGUCACUUUCCUAAGCCGCAUGCGCGUAACUUUUCCGUUCUGUUUCCCUUUGAAAUCAUUGAUUUUAGGUUGGCCGCAUUAACGCAAAUGGAAGGAGAAAGUUCUCUCUCGCUUCUACAGUUGAUGGCUAAAGAGGGACUCGUACCAUCUCCUGAGGAGGAAGAGAGGAGGAAAAAUGUAGUCGAGAAGCUUAAAAAGAUAAUAAUGGCUUGGGUCAAAAAGGUUGCUUGGCAGCGUCGGCUUCCAACGAAACAUAUUGCAGAAACCAGUGCCACCAUAUUAACUUAUGGAUCAUAUGGUCUCGGAGUCCAUGGUUCAGAUUCAGACAUUGAUGCUUUAUGUGUUGGACCUGUCUUCGCAACCAUGGCAGAGGAUUUUUUCAUUGUUCUACACAACAUGCUUAAAGGCAGAGAGGGCCUUUCUGAAAUCCAUUGUGUGAAGGAUGUAAAAGUACCACUGAUGCGAUUUAAACUGGAUGGGAUCUCAAUAGAUCUCCCAUAUGCACAGCUUAAAGUUUUAUCUGUUCCCGAAGAUGUGGACAUUCUCAAUCCAUGCUUUUUGAGUGAUAUUGAUGAAACUAGUUGGAAAAGCUUGUCUGGAAUACGUGUGAACAAGCGCAUUCAUCAGCUGGUUCCAAACUUAGAGAACUUUCAGUCACUGCUACGUUGCAUCAAAUUUUGGGCAACAAGACGAGGAGUGUAUGGUAAUUUAAAUGGGUUUCUUGGAGGAGUUCACUUGGCAAUUCUUACUGCUUUUGUUUGUCAGUGUCAUCCUAAUGCCAGUUUGAGUGCCUUAGUUUCAAAUUUCUUUAAGACAUUUGCCUUAUGGCCUUGGCCUACACCAGUAGAAUUGCAAGAUGGAGCAAUGCCAACCACAAUAAAUCCAGCUGAGACACAGUUUUUUAUGCCCAUUAGAUUGCCAUGUAGUCCAUCUGAAUAUUGUCAUUCCAACAUCACCAGAUGCACUUUUUAUAAAAUCAGAGUAGAGUUUCUUCGAGGCCAUAAGUUGACCAAGGAUGCUGGGAGGCCAAAUUUUGAUUGGGAAAAUAUAUUUGAGCCAUUUCCAUAUUCAAAGAAGUAUAUGCGAUUCAUCAAAAUUUAUGUUUCGGCUGCUAAUCAAGAUGACCUUGGAGACUGGGUUGGCUGGGUAAAGUCUCGUUUUCGGUUUCUUCUUAUUAAGCUUGAGGAGGUACAGAGUCCAUGUGACCCUAAUCCUGCUGAAUAUGUUGAUGUAGAUGUAGAGGAGCCAAAUGCUGUUUUCUACUGGGGCUUACUGCCUGGAAAGACUAAUUUCCCAGACAUAGAAUCUGUGAAGGAGGCUUUCUGGAAGGUUGUCAGCAAUGGUUAUCAAGGGUCCCUAGGUAGGCUAGAAUUAUCCAUUGUUCAGGUUUCUCAACUACCGAACUAUGCUAGGCUGGAUAAUGCAAGUAGGAAGGGCACAAAAGCUUGUUGGAAGAUUUUUGACUACAACCAGCAAAGGAUUCCUAUAUACUCCCAGCAUCUUCCAGACUAUGUGGUUGGCUACAUGACAACUAAUAGAGACACCAAGUACCCAAGUGCUGGGGGUUAGAUUCUUUCGUGGUAUGUCAUCAUACCCUCACUCUUUUUUGUUUUCCUUCUUAUUUUUUGAAUUGGCUUUCAUGUUAGGGUUGGAGGGUUUGGUUUAGGAUCAAUAGGAAUUAAAUCCUAAACGUACAAACAUGAAAUGUCAAUAGGAUUGCAGGCCGGAACAGAAAGUUGACUUUAUCAUUAGUUUUUGUUAUUGUUGUUAUAAAUCCCACAGAAAAUAUGAUUUUG